AUGUGGUUUUUUGGGGGUGCCAACGACACCGUGGCGACCGCCGUACACACGGCAGCUUCGUCGAUGAUCGAGUUCGCCAACGCCACCGUCGUGCCUCCCGUGAACGCCUCUACCGACGGCGAUCUUUCCGGGUUCCACUUGCUCAAGCUGUUGGCUCUGGCGGUCAACGACCAACUGAACUACAUGAACCGGUUGGGUUUCCAGUGGUCCCGAGUGCUGGGAGUAUCGCGCUACUGCUGUCUGAUCUACGGUGUCACCUGCUUGCUCAUGGCUCUCAUUCUCAACCGUACCUACGUCAUGGCGCUGACAAAUAACACCGUCAAUCAAGCAGCAGCAUUACAACAACGUCGGGCCCGCGAACACGCCGACGACGAUGUUCCUCCCGAUGUGCUUCGCCAGGCUCCCGCUUUUGCCUGGUUUCAGGGGCGCACUCUUGUCGAAUGGGGCUCUCGCCUUGUGGCAAUCACUACCCUUUUGGUCAAUACGUACCAUGUUCUUGUGGCUCUCAACUUGUUUGGCCACACUAAUCGUGACCGGCCCUAUUGGUGGCUUCCUGAUCGCUAUUUUGCUUACGAUAGUGACAAGUUCGCUAAUGUGUCUCUGAUGCGGACGCCUGAGGACCAAGUGAUGGUGGGACCCACCACCGACAUGUACUUCUCGGUGUUUUUGUCGUUUUGCUUGUCGCUGUUUGUGGAAACUAUGCUUCUGGUGCUUGCUGACAAAAAACCUUACACCGAACUGGGUAUCACCAUCUUUGAGCAUCUGUUUGCCUUCCAGGAGUUCAGCUCAAAUGGAGCAUUGAUAUUUGGCGGUUCUUCCGGCACACACUAUCGUCGUCCAACUGAGGAAGUGUUGGUACUGGCAUUGUUCUCUUUGGUGAACCACUUGAACAUUCACCUUGGCGGCUUGAUUAAUGGUAACAAGUACCGCUUGAUUCCUCUGUCAAUUGCCGGGCUCUCGUUCCUUGCCUAUUUCCUCCGUAAGCUUUUGUUGGGGCAGAUAUUACGGUUCCCCUUCAUCCUAAUGGUGACGUUCCUACCACAAAUCAUCAUUAUAUCACUCGUGACCGUUUGUGCAAUGAUCUUUGCGCUCGCGGUGUUGGCGAAUGGUGGUAAAAUUGACAACUUGAAUUAUGCACUGUUUCUUCUCGUCAAGGACGAAAAUGGCGAAAGCCCAGCUUUCGACAUUCAUUGGCAUGAUGACUUUUACACCGCUCUUUUGAAUUUGGGGAUGUUGGCCAUUUCUCUGGCCGGUAAACUGAGUUAUAUUACCGAAUUACUGUUGGUGAAUAUGGAUGACGCUACGUGGCUCGACCGUACGGUGUGGCAAAAUCUUCAAAUGUUUGCCAAUCGAUCGCUGGUACUUGCUGAUGACCCGAAAUUAAUCUCAAAGUCUCGUGGAUAUGCCAAUCUUGUGGCCGCGCCUACAAAGCGCAUGAUCAUGGCCGGGACUUCAAGUGAAGGGGGCAAUUCUCAUGACGAAAGUGAAGACAUAGCUGGCGUGCGCAGACAAAGCAUUCAGGGUCGGCGUUUUUACCUUGUGGGGCAAAUCAUAAGUCUGUUUUUUGACCUCGUUUCAAGUCUUGCCAAGCAGCGAGUUUCACGGAAGAAGCAUGUACCCAAAUUUCUUGAACUGGCUUUAAAAUCCCCUGACGAACCUCAAAGAAUAUUAGUCAACACUGACGAUCUUACUGUUGAGGAUAUCGAGGAACGGUACCACCUGCUUGUAUUUGGUGAUCAAUUGGCUGACAUCGAUACCUCGCCUGAUUAUCAUGAUGAAGAUGAUGAUGAAGACUACUCGGAGUCGGAUCAUGAAGAAGAUAUUAAUGGGGUAUUCUCCGAAGUAGUAUACCCGGACUCGUUCGAGGAAUUCUCUACGCCGGUGAUGCUGUCUCAUAUGCAGCAUGGCCGCAUUACUCGUUCAGCAUUUCAAUCUAUGACCUCGCUGGCUCGCUCGGUGGGUUCUCCUAACGACGAAACUGAACGCUUCAUACUGUUGCUCCUCGAACAACGCCUGCAACCCAAACCUCAAGACCACACCUCACUGCGCCUUGAUUGUGUCAUUUGCCAAGUAAAUCCACGAGAAAUAAUCACUUGGCCCUGUAAAUGCUUUGCCAUUUGCGAAGGGUGUCGGCUUGCUUUAGUGAGUAAGGGCAUGGAGGGUUGUGUUUGCUGCCGGCGUGAAGUGGGAGGCGUGAGCAAAGUGUUUAUACCAUGA